ACUUCCAUGGUAAAAUAGACAGUAUUUUUGUUAAUUUAAAAAUAAAUUAAAUCAUGAUUAGUAAAUUCAUUAAUUAAAUUUUUAUUCAAAUGGUUGAUUAAAAUUUAGCAAAGAAUCUGAAAAAUCAUAAGUCUGCCAUGAGUGACUUCUCUGUAAAAAUAUCUAUACAGUUUCCAACAGCCAGAGAAACAGAUAUUGCUUAUCAAGUAUUAAGAGUUGAUGCUGAACCUAGACGAAGCGGUGUUACCAAAACUUUAGAAUUAAAUGACGAUAUUUUAAAUGUGAGCUUUACUGGUAGUGAAGCUAGCAAAGUACGAGUGGGACUUACAUCAUUUUUUGAUUCACUUAUUCUAUUGACUGAAACUAUGAAAGAAUUUGAUGGUCGAGCACCUGUAUAUGAUUAUUAUUAACUUAAAUAAUCAGCAUUAACAAAAGUGAUUUGAUAAGUAAACUCAACAUGUCUGACCAUACACCAGCUCCUUAUCGACCAAGAUCAGUUUAUGGCUAUGCUUUAUACAUAGGCUCGAAUAUGCUUUUUUUACUCUACAUUAUU